AUGGGUCGUCUCCUAACCCAGAUGACAGUGAUUAUAACUGGAUUACUAAUCGGUGGUUUGGGGCUAUGCGGUAUUGUAAGAUCCGAACCAAACACCAACGUGAAGAAUGUUCUGUGCAACUCCGGGGUGUAUGCAAAAGCCGAUCCUUUCGCCAUAAGUCUAGCUUAUAUCUUAUCAGAGUUACAGUCUGUCGCGCCCACCCGCCAAGGUUAUGACUAUCGCAACAUUUCUCCAUACCCCAACGCCUUUGCCUAUGGCCAUGCUGCUUGUAACCAAAAUCUCACAAGUUCAGACUGCUCCACCUGCCUUGGUGCAGCCAAGACAACCAUGUUUGGUGCUUGUGAGAGCCGGAUUGGGGCUCGAUCUGUCCUCUACGACUGUACAAUUAGGUAUGAGCAGUACCCAUUUGAUGAUUAG